AUGAAAGUAUUAACACUUCAAAUUCUAGUUAAAGCAAACAAGCUACUAAUCAAAAAAGACAAAAUAAAUACCUCCUCCCUACUAGCCUUCAGAUUUAAGCUGCUAAGCGGAACAUUGCCAUCCAGGCAAUUACUAUACGAUCGAUACCCAAGCACCUACACUGAUAAUCUUUGUCUCAGGUGUCUUACAGCAGUAGAAAUCCAGAGUCACAUUUUUGAUUGCUAUAAAAACUUUGCAACAUACAACGAAAUGGAAAACAAGAUAAGAACAAGUCUAAUAAAGCUUGUUAGGAAAAACAACAAUAAGAAGCUCUUAACAGAAAUCGAAAAAAGAACACAAAACUAG